CAAAGAAACUUUUAUCAGUGGUUUGCUAUUUGGCAAAAUAUUCAAAAUAAGAAACUUCAGCAACAUUUGUUGAAAUAUCGAUUUUGUUAUGAAAGGUUCAAUGGUGACUGAAGAAUAUUGUUCAUUCAAUAGUCGAAGCUGGUCGAAGUACAUUCUUCAGUCAACGAGUCAAUGUAUGUAAAAUUUGAGCAAUUUAAUUUUUCCUUACAGGUAUGUUGGCAGUAAUUAUUCAUGGUGAGCAGAAGUGAGACGUUCAAUAUUGGCUGCACUGCGUCAGCUAAAAUUGCUUAGUUCAGAGUGUAGAGCCAUGCCCGAGGCAGUUUGAAAGAUGAGCGAGGUUAAGUUUGGCUGGAAGUUUUUCCCAAGAAAACUAACACUCUGACAUGUAAAUAAUAAAUUUAAAUUGUUUAUAUCCAGUAAAUCACGAAUGAGAUAUCUAUACUCUGUAAUGAAUACAUGAAUGAAUAUAAUUCUGUUGCCAAUUGUGAUGUUGAGGCAAAUUUCAGUGAUAAUAAAAUCGGUAAUCGGACCGUGUAAGUUGAAGAAAUGAGUUUGGAUUACACGAAUCGUUGGGAGCCAGUGGAAAACACGGUGUAUGAGAGGUUAAUCGAUAAUUCAUUAUUACACACAUUGACAUUGGAUAAAAAAAUCCUUAAGCAAACAAAAAUCUUGAAUUCUAAGUUGAAAAAAAGACGAAACUUACGCGAGUACAAACAGUUUCUGUUCUUAAAGAGACAAUCCGUUAGAGAGUUCGGGGAUAACCAUGCUGAAACGGACGAUGAAUCAGACCUAGAUUAUGAAUCUUACAAAAGAAUACAUGCAGAAAAAACGAAAUAUCAAUUACGCACCUUCCUCAAAACAUGCGUGCGAAAAACACCAUCACGCACGAAGAGAAAAUCGCCACAUCUCAUCCCGAAAACACGGAAUAAAUCUUCAUCUCUCUCAAAAACUUGCAGAUCACCUUCAGCAGCGAAAUCUCGAAGUUAUUCAGGAGAAAAUAUUUGUAAGUAUCUACUUCGAUCUCGACGAGAAGUACCAACAAUUGAACGCAAAGCAGAAUCACCGAGCCGAGAAAUAAUUUCUUCUUCGAGUAACAGCAAUAUCAAUCAAGACAGUACUCAAACAGAUGAUGAUGCAGUUAAGAAAAUUCAUGAUAUUAAAGCAACCAGUGUUCAAAUCAGAACCAUUGAUAGCAUCAGUUUGGAUUCUGAAUGCAAAUUGGCUGUAAUCAGUGACAGCGCAGCAGUAAAUUUUCUCGAGCAAAUAACUACACCGGAACUGCGAGAUGAUGCAGGUAAUGAAUUAGGAAUAUCUCUGAAAUUUGAUCAUAAUUCUCACGAGUCUGGUAAUCGCAAGCAGGACAAGUAUGAUGUUAAUACCACUAUUGAAGAUGAUGUAAAAACAUCAAGGACAAAUUCAAAAUUCCUAGACAAUUCGAAAAUGGGUAUUAAAGAGAAAGUCGAUAUCAAUCAUGAAAGUGAUAUUGAUAAGCCCACUGACAACCUGGACCGAGAUUCUGGUAAUAAUAGCUUUUCCGAAACGGAUGUGUUGGAUGAUCAGCGCAGCAUGAGUCCUGACAACAGCAUUCCUGAUGAUGGCGGUAAUAAUGGGACAAUUGCCGAUAAACAGACUUCAAAUAAAACUCGACAGAAAAUUGUUACAAUCAAAUCCGAUGAGGCCACAAGUAAUGUCAUCUUAUGCGAAGACUUGAAUACUCCUCAGUUAGAAUCGCAAUAUGAAAUUUCUUCCAGAAAUGAAAAACUGUCUGAUAGCAACUUGGACAAUGAAACACGUCUAGAGCUCGGGCGCAGCAAAAACCAACACGAGGAUUUAAAUGAUGAAUUUCAUGUCGAAAGCAUCGUGAAGAAUGGUAGGAGUAAGCUGAAAAUAUUAGCAAUUGACUAUUAUGAAAGAGGACAUAAAUCUUUUAAUGAGCGUCACUUGAGAAGAUUGAGUAAACUUCGGACCAUGAGUAACUGUGACUAUGAAACUUUGAAACAUUUGGACAAGUUUGUCGAAAGUGUAUUACCUUCAGAAGAUAAGCAACCAUUGAGAUAUAGCGAAGCAAAUGAGGGUUGUAGUUUUGCUUUGAACGAAUCAUGUUAUUUGAAUUCGUCGGCAAAUGCUGAAGCUUGCUCCAAUAUAUUGACGUCUACUCAAGAGAAUCUAAACGUAUUUGGAGAAAGUGAAUUACUACCAGCAGACGAAGAUCAAUCACAAAGUGACGCUUUCUCUGAGAAGUGUACAUCAUCGGACAUUCAGUCACAAAGCUUUAAUCAAUCAUUGAAUGGCAGCAUUUCGUCCUUUUCUAGCAGAACGUAUGAUGAAGAUGUAAAGAAUACUGUUAAAAAGCAAUUACUUACGGAGAUUGAAAAUAAAUUGAUAGAUAAUCAAUGUAAUGUUGAGAAUAAAUCAGUGUCACCAGGGGAAGAAGUUCUUUCCACUUCAAGUCAAAGACGGAAGAACAUCUACAAAUCAACCAAUGAACCAUUAAACACUAAAAAUGUACAGUCUUCAAAAGCCAAUGGUUUCGUCAAAGAAUGUAAUACAUUGAAAGUUUUAUCACAGAAUACGGGAAAACAUUCAGACGUCGGAGUGUGCUUGCUUUCUUCUAAGCCUAAACGGGCCAAAAGGCGAAUUGUAAACAGUGAAACGGACAAUCAUCUCUCUGUAAAUUCACCUUGUGCAAGCAAACAACCUCAACAAUAUACUAAUAAACAAUCCGAAAUUAUUUUGCAUGAGGACAAAACUCCAGGUGAAUCUUCGAACCGACUGCAACUAGACAAAAGUAAAAAAGUUGAACACUCACCGAAAAGAAGGCACAGGCCACGAAAUUUACAAGAAUUUGCUGUCACAGAAGCUGUGAAUCAGGAUACAACAAAGGCUUAUUUCCGAUUGAAGGAUAUCAGCGACGAUGAUGAAAUUUGGAUACUGGAUGUUCCAAAAAUGAUCAAUCCAAAAGAUCUUGAGAAUCAGACGAUCAUACUUGGAGGGAUGAGUGUAUUGAGAUUUGGAGAUGACUGCUACAAAGUUUCAAGCAAACCCAGUAAGGGGGUUUGCAAUCUGUCCUGUGUGUUAACUACAAGCAAGCGAAAAAACGACUAUAAAAUACUUAAUAUCCGAUCUAAAGGCCGUAUGAAGUUUUGUCAGAAGAUCUCAGUUGUGUCUGAUUCAAAAUUAGUUCCUUCGGAACUGCCUUCUCCAAAGACAACUGUUCCGUUUCCGAAAAAUUUGAAGAUGAGACAUCCGUUAUUUGGUGCAACUUAUGAAGAUAAAACCUCAUGAGUACCAAAAACAAAAACUAUACAGAUUGAAUUUACAAAAUACAUUUUCAAUACGUUGACCAAA